UCUGUCCAGCAGCAGCUGCGCAGUGCGCGCUCAUAAACACAAACAUGUCCGCGGUGCCUGACGGAAAGAAGCUGGUCCGGAGCCCGAGUGGACUCCGUAUGGUACCAGAAAACGGAGCUUUCAACAGCCCGUUUGCGCUGGACGAACCGCAGUGGGUUCCGGAUAAAGAGUGCCCGAGAUGCAUGCAUUGUGACGCUAAGUUUGACUUCAUCACCAGGAAGCAUCACUGUCGACGUUGUGGCCGGUGUUUCUGUGAUAAAUGCUGCAGUCAGAAAGUGGCUCUUCCCAGGAUGUGUUUCGUGGAUCCGGUGAGACAGUGCGCAGAAUGCAGCCUCAUCUCACAGAAAGAGAUGGAGUUUUACGACAAACAACUUAAAGUGCUCACUGCCGGUGGAACAUUCGUGGUCAAAGUGGGUUCCUCGGAGAAAUCGGAGACCAUGGUCUGCCGUUUAUCAAAUAAUCACAGAUAUCUCUUCUUAGAUGGCGACAGUCAUUUUGAAGUGGAGCUGUCUCGCAUUUCCACCAUGCAGGUUUUGACUGAAGGUUCGACCCCAGGAGAGAAAGAUAUAUGCUCUUACACCAGUUUGCUGGACAAUCAAAUAUCUGAAGGUGGUUCGCUCCGUGCCAGUGGUAUGACGCUGCAGUACAAACCACCAGGAACUCAAAACCUUCAGCAGCUCAACAUGGAGACUGCUGAUGACAAGCGAGUCGCAUCCACCUGGCUCGCCGCCAUGCACAAAGCUGCCAAGUUGUUGUAUGAGUCAAAGGACCAGUGAAAUGAUGUGAUAAAGCACAGUGCAGGACACAACGAAGCAUGGACAGAACAAGAAGAAGGAGAGGACAUUACAAAACCAAGUAUUGUGUUAUUCAGUCUUACAUGUACUCCUUAUAUGCUUGUAUGUUUUCUAUUCAAUCCUUCGCUUCUGCUCCUGGUCAAGACAGACCAGAUCGACUUUCUGUCUGUGCCAAAGGGAGGACCAAGUUUUCAGACGAUUCUCGUGCAAUAUGGACAUGUAUGAUAUUAUAUAAACGCACCGUUUAACAGAUGCUUUAAGUGUAGUCUCACGUAACAAAGUUUUGUAAACAAAAUAUAUUUUGUCAGAUAUUCUUAUUUUAACACAAAAUGUUGUGUAUCAACUUUAUACUGCCUGAGUAUUUACAAUAUGUAGUGCUUUGGUUUUCUUAACACGUUUUGGUAUUGUUUUUCCUACACUACAGAAAGAUGUUUCAGGUCUUCAUCUGUAAGUUUAGUGUUGAAGUCUGCAGAGAAAGAUUUCACUUUUUUAGAAAACUGAAAUUAGGACAGCCAAGUUGCCUGGAGGCAUUAAACCUUGUUCUAGGUAAUCCGGUUGUGUUUGCUAAUUUUCAUUUUUCAAUGUAAACCAAAUAAACAUCUUGAAUCCAAAAA